AAUAUGGAUUCUCGGGCUGCGAAGCUUGAGAAUUAUAAUUUUGUUAAUAAAAAUGAAUGUGAUAAACCUCUUAUUGAUACUCCACAAUGUACCCCAGCUAACAGUCACAACGUUGUUCAUAAGUUGUUUAAUAGGGAGAUCUUAGGUUGUACAUCAAGAAAAUACAAUGAAAGGAGUCGUAAAGUAUUUGACAGAAUUCCACCCCGACUAAGGUUCUGUCUUAUGGAUAUUGUGCCAAUGUCAUAUCUUAGGGAGCAUGUGUUCAUGGGAUUUUCACAAUGUGGACAGUUUUUACUCAGUUUUACAUAUAGCUGUAACUCACAAGUGUACUUCAGAGAAAGUUCGAAGUUUACCCUUCACUUUCUUUUGUGGGUUCCUGGUCGAGUGGUCCGUCCAGUGCACAGUGUGCCUCUGUUUGGAGAUGACAGCGUUGACAGUAAAGUUACCAUAUCAAUGGCACAAUGGAAGCAUAACCCUGGUGUGCUUGUUGUUUAUGGUAUUGCAGAUUCAUGCUCGGAACGAUCCUACCUCAGUGUAAUUGGUGUUCCUCGUUUAGGAUGUAAGAAAUGUGCAGCGUUUUCUAGAGAUGAAGGUGAUUUAAACUGGGGUAAAAGAUGUCUGGAACACAACUUUGCCAUUCACACAAAGUUCUUCUGCACAUCAGAUUCCAGCAUGUACGAACCGGUGGUGCAACUGGCGUACUCCAACCAAAUCAUCAUAUACACCGAUUUUAUACACAUACUCGAAAUAGACUUCGUUAAACCGGACCAAGAAAGACAUGAAGUAAUUGAACACACAAAGUUUGCUUUGGAUAGAGAAGAACUUAGUUCAAUGGAUACGAAUCCUAGUACACCAGCAUCAGAUGUCUCUGCGGCCUUUCAAUCUCCCAAAUACCAGAAUAACGUCGUUCAGAAUAUUUUAGCGGAUUUCUCUGAUUUAGAAAUGGAACCGUAUCAACUGUCUCGGCCGGUGCACGUGCCCGACGUCAUGGGACAGGAGCUGUGCAUCCAGGCCGCGUCCAUAUCGCACCACCUAGUCGAGGAGUGGGAGGGCCCGUCGCCUUCCAUACGGACCUUGAUAAGUCCUCCGCUAAGGUCUCCGAGGCGACGUCCCGCAGAAAGCAUGUCUAGGUUUAACGAAACCCACAGAAUAAACGCUGAAAAGGCCUACGAGUUCGUCGAAGAGACCGAAACGAAGUGUGAGAAAUUGAGUUUGUUCAGGAAACGGAGGCUAGCCGAUAAGAAAUACGAAUUUUCUGAGGACAACAACGAGAACAUUGUGCCCUUCAGGGUGCUGCGGAGCAAUAGGAAGUAUUACAUCGGCGCGACGGGCAGCAAGGGCGGCGUGAAGCGACCCAAGUCGCCGCCCGUGGAGAGCGUGGUGCUGAGGACCCACAACCAGAUCAGCCGGCCCCCCUCCCCCGGCUGCGAGCUCAAGAACCCGGGCUUGUCUGGCCUAGAGUCGGAUCACAAUAGCGAAUCGGAGUACAGAGUGAUGGAGAUGCUGGACGACGGCUCGCUGAAGACGGUGUCGGUGCACGACAACACGUCCAAAACGCUCUCCGACUGCCCCGUGAACGUCCACGACCCUUACCUAGUGCACUCCGGCAAUUCGAAAUGCAGCAAAUUCUUUACGAGGUACUUUGUUGAGAGCGACGAUGAAAUCACUUCAAUCCUCACAGAUUCCGAAGACGACUGCAUGUCGGGGUACCACGUGGCGCUGCCGCUGGCGGCGCACGGCGCGGGGUACGCGGCGCUGCAGGGCGUGGGCGCGGCGGGCUGGGAGCGCGCGGCGCCGGCGCUGGCGGUGCGCGCGCAGCAACGCUCGCUCGACACGGAGCUGCUGUGCAACGAGGUCUGCGGCCGCCUGUGCAACAUCAACGGCAAGAAGUUCAUCUACUGCUUCGACUGGGGCUGCCACGUCAUCGACGUCUGCCAGAGCAGCGGCUGUCUGUCCGGGUUGUGUGCGAUGUGGCUGUGGGCGAGCGAGGAGGGCGGCGCGGCGGCGGCGUGCGCGCCGUGCCGGGACGCCAGCACGGGCUGCCUGCUGCACCGCCACCAGUACGCAGCCGAGUGUUUGUUCGUGUGGGAUCUAGUCAGCGGUGUGUACCGCACGGAGAGAGUCGCCAUGGCCGAAGAUUCGAGUCAAGAGGGAUCUAGAGUUUCAGGAGCGGACCGAGCGAGGGACCUUGCCAAAAAAUUAGGUCCAAUCAACAUGCCGCCCGGAAACGAAAACAGACUGCUGACGACGCUGACGGGACGAUCGUUGAAGAGGCUGACGGACGUAGACAACUGUAUAGAGAUCACGAAGAACCACCCCGAUAGUUCCGAAUCCGAGUCCGAGUCCGAAGAGGACAGCGACUACGACUGACUGCAGCACGGAUACUCCUGAACGUUGUGCUUCUAGUGGCCGCCAUCGAGAUCGACAAGUCUCAACUUGGCAGCUCUGACUUUCGGAGCCCCAGGAUGCCGACCGACCACAUAAUGCACUGGGAUCUCAUGGAAUUUUAAAUAUAAUAGACUUCUUGUCUUUUGUAAGAACUCACUAUGAUAUAUGUAACCACUGCUGUUGCAAUACAAUAUUUUUGUUUUUAUUAUGAAAAUAAACGAAUAUGCAGUGUCGUACGUAGAUCUCGGAAAUUGGGUACAUAUUAUCUGAAAGCAAUAAUAAUUUAGUGACACGUAGCAAUGUUGAUGCUCCACAUCAUUGAAAUAAUAUGGUUAACACUAAGUUUAAUAGGUAUGGAUUCCUGUAUUCGCCGACUAUUUUAGAGUAUUAUGUAUUACUCAACGACAGUUGUAUUUAAAAAUAAAUCUCGACAGUAAAGUUUUUGUGUGCGGUACAUUUACUUAUGGUGCUUCUUUCGGAUGUAUAUCUUCUACGUCGUUGAGCUCUGUUUUAUUUGAAUGUCUCUUACUCAUGUGAGUUUCGAUGUUUAAUUUCUUCCCUACAUUAAUUUAAACUAGUUCAAAUGGGAUUGACGAAGCCCAUUUGUGUGCAUUUAUACGUAAAUAAAAUUAAGAUAUUUUCUUUUAUCCAAUGAUAUUAAUGUUGUAUAAUUAUUAAUCGGGAAGUUGGAAUGAGACCCGUGACAGUGUGUAUAAUUUGGUACAAAUGAAUAUUUCAACCUGACGGUCAGUUAAAACAUGCAAACAAUACUUACAUAUUAAAAAUAUAAUGGAUAUAUUUAUUACAAUAAAACUACAUCACAUCACUAGAUAAUCUCAUGAAUCUGUACCAAAUUAUAAUUGAAUUUGUGACUUAGGCUCAUGUAAGGUUGUGAUUGUUUUUGUGUAAGUCUUUUCUAUGAGAAGUGCCUCUGAUAUUCAAUGCUCUUGUAUAUUUAUUAUUUUGUUUUUCAGUGUGUUUAUUGCAUUUAAGAGUUAAGUUGGAUGAGUUAUGCACUUUUAAUGACUUGAUCUUAGGCUUUGAUAUAGAAAAUACCUCGCCUAAUAGCCAUACUGAUAUUAGAUACAGCAUGCUGUGAAGCAGUAAUGCGUUUCGGUUUGAAGGGUGGGGCAGCCGUUGUAACUAUACUGAGACCAUAAAACUUAUGUCUCAAGGUGGGUUGCGCAUUUACG